AUGGAAAGUAUUGCCAGAGAUUAUAGUCAUUCUCUGCCAAAGCUGGGCUGUAUAAUUCCUCCCUAUAAAGCUUGGAGGGACUCCCAUGCAGCUGCCUAUUUCACAACCAAGCCUGUACCUCCUUUGCUCCAAAGAACAGGACAAGCAAAUGGAGGAACAUCAGGUUAUGGUAAAAUGGCAGAGUGUUUCCAGUUCAGCAGUGCAGCUGCCCUUUAUCUGAUACUCAGGAACAAAGCUGGUGCAGGUCAUUCUGCAACACUUGUGGGUGGUCACCAGCUGUUUCUCACCUCAGUCAAACCUUUGGUUGGAUACAACGGCACCUACGGUUACAGAAGAAACACUCCAUCUCUGCGCAGGCAGCCUUCAUUGUUUCGGCUAGUCGGCAACUUGCCAAUUCACUAA